AUGGAGCUGUCUGAACCUAACGGGCUCGUCGAAUCCCAUACAUUCAUCUCAAAGAGCCGAGCCGUUGCCAUCAUCGUCUGCAUCACUUGUAUCAGCGGCAUCAGCAACCUGUUGGCCGGGCUAUUGACAGUCUGCAUCCCGGUCAUCUCGGCAGACUUGGGGUUCCCCCCAGAGCUUCAACUAUGGCCAGCCUCAGCCUUUGCUCUGGCAUGUGGCUGCACGCUGCUUCUCUGUGCUGCCGCCGCCGAUAUCCUUGGUUGUCGACGGUUCUGUCUCGUGGGUGCGUUAUUGCAAACCCUCAGUGCAUUGGGGGCAGGGCUGGCAAAGACACCAUCACAACUCAUCGCUCUUCGCGCUAUAGCUGGAAUCUCGGCGUCAUUCUGUCUUCCAAGCGCCGUGGGAAUUUCAGCGCGCGCCUUUCCUGCUGCAACCAGUCCUCGAAUCCGCAGUGCUGCAUUCUCUGCCAUGGGUGGAGGCCAAGCUGUUGGGUUUGGACUGGGUCUCGUAUUGGGCGGCGUCUUCAGCGAUACACUUGGCUGGCGCUGGGGCUUCUACACAACCGCCAUACUGAAUAUCGUUGUAUUGGCUCUGGCUCUGUGGGCACUGCCGUCAGACAUUGAUGGUGCUGUCUUAGGGAGAGAGACCCUCAAUCGUCUUGCACGAGAAAUUGAUUGGUUUGGCUGUCUUCUUAUCAGUGCGGCACUUGCUCUUCUAUCGUAUGAGCUCGCAGUGGUCUCUGGAUCUGAUGCUGGUAGACUUAUACGCGAGCCGGCGAACUUGGCAAUACUUUGCAUUUCUUUCGCGCUUUUGCCGCUAUUCUGGCUAUGGAUGCGUCACCAGACACGGAAUUCCCGACCAGCACUGAUACCAAACGCAAUAUGGAGAAAUGCGCCUUUCACGGCUGUCUGUAUUACCGUCUUCUUGGUCUGGGGGGCCCUCAAUGCCAGCGAGCAGCUCACGGCAUUGUACCUACAGGAAGUGCGCGACUUUUCUCCAUUGACGGCGUCUCUGUAUUUCCUUCCAGCACCUAUUGCGGGUGCCAUGAUGAAUGUUGCCAUUGGCCUUUCUCUUCCUUUUCUGAGGCCUUGGCUUGCCGUGCCGAUUGGCUGCCUUGUAAGUGGCAUCGCGCCACUGCUUCUCGCCACCCUGUGCCGUCUUGAUGGCCCCAGUUACUGGCACGCAGUCUUCCAAGCCAUGGCUUUAAACCCCCUGGGCGCAGAUCUCAUAUACACCAUCGCAAAUCUCGUGGUUACUUCGGCUUUUCCUACAAAGACUCAGGCGCUGGCUGGCGGCGUCUUUCAGAUGCUUUCUCAGAUUGGAAAGAGUAUUGGCAUUGCUUCAACAUCAAUCAUUGCGCAGCAAGUGGCAGCAUCGUCGCAAUUAGCAAAUGCGAAUGAAGCGCUGCUCCAGGGCUACAAGGCGGGUUGGUGGUAUAACAGUGGGCUCGGAUUUGUAGCGGUGCUGGUGAGCUUCUGGGGGCUCAGAAAUGUCGGCAAACUAGGAGUCAAGAUUGAUUAA